UGGCCAAUGAACGCGCCCUCCCCGUCGCUGGGGGCGGGGCCUCAGGCGGCGUACGGUGUUGCCGGGCAGCAGCAGGCGCUGUGGGAGUCCGGACAGUCCCCGGAUGUUGGAGCUCGUAGGACAACAUGGCGCCCGGGGCCGGAGGACGGUGAGGGGAGCGGAGCCCGGAGCUCAGACACCCGACAGGGGGCAGGUCAGUUAGCUGCUAUGUUUACUAAGAAAAAGAAACGCGUUGAGAUCUCGGCUCCCUCUAAUUUUGAGCACCGGGUGCACACCGGCUUCGAUGAGCAGGAGCAGAAAUUCACAGGACUUCCGCGACAAUGGCAGAGCCUAAUAGAAGAAUCCGCAAAGAGACCAAAGCCACUGGUGGACCCGGCGUGCAUCACAGCCAUCAGGCAUGGUCCUCAGAAGACUAUUGUGCGUGGGAACAAGAUGUCUCGAGAUGGCUCUCUGGCUUGGCUCCUGGAUGAGUUUGAGACUAUGUCGGUCUGCCGUUCUAACUCCUUGCGCAGAGAGAGUCCUCCGUCCUACCCCAGGGAGCACCGCGUCCAUCUGGAGAACGGUGUGAGUGAUGGCCGUGUUCGUCAAGUACGUGAAGAUAGUGGAAGGGGGCCUGAGAGGAGCAGGACGGAGCACGGAAGGGACAGACCGAGGGAAGAACAGAAAGCAGCUCCCCAACAGCCACGGGGACAGGAGCCAAGCAAUAAACACAGGCCACCUCCUCCAGAUUAUCCUAAACCACCGGAGCACAGAUCCGUUCGUUCUCAUGACAGAUCAGAUGGGAAGAAGGACCACACUGUGAAGGAUGGUGACUACAGUGAGCCGGCAGAUAGGGUGGUGAGGAGGGAAAAAGAAGAGAGAAGGCCUAAAUCGUCAUACACUGGAGGACAGGGUAGUCCAAAGUCACCUAGAGACAAAAGACCACUCUCUGGACCGAAUAUCCGUACCCCAAGUAACCCUGCCACAGAAGGGGUGGUGAAAUCAACGCAACAGACAGGAGGUCCGUUUAAUACUUACCCACGUGCAGACACGGACCCAAACAGAGGUGCAGCUCCACAGGUUCAAGAUUCCCGGACAUCUAUUCCACUUGACCCCAAAAACCCCGCAAAUAGAGGCUCUUCUCGGCCACCUCCCGGCCAGACCAAGCCCAAACCUCCAGAGAAACCCUCUCCGGCCAGCCUCUCCCAACACAGCUCAGACCCACAGCUUUCUCGCCCAGCACAGACACAACAGCCUUCUCAGGCUCGCUCCCCACAGAGGGAACCACAGCGGGUUUCACACGAGCAGUUCAGAGCAGCAUUGCAGAUGGUGGUAGACCCUGGGGACCCCAGAUCCUACCUGGAUAAUUUCAUCAAAAUCGGGGAAGGCUCCACAGGGAUUGUCUGUAUCGCUACCAUCAGGAGUUCUGGGAAACUGGUCGCCGUCAAAAAGAUGGACCUCCGCAAGCAGCAGAGGAGGGAGCUACUGUUCAAUGAGGUGGUGAUAAUGCGGGAUUACCAGCACGAGAACGUAGUGGAGAUGUACAACAGUUACCUGGUGGGGGAUGAGCUGUGGGUUGUAAUGGAGUUCCUGGAAGGCGGAGCCCUUACAGACAUUGUCACACACACCAGAAUGAACGAGGAGCAGAUUGCUGCGGUCUGUGUGUCUGUACUGAAGGCUCUGUCUGUGCUUCAUGCCCAAGGAGUAAUUCACCGGGAUAUUAAGAGUGAUUCUAUCCUGCUGACACAUGAUGGACGGGUGAAGCUCUCUGACUUUGGCUUCUGUGCCCAAGUCAAUAAAGAGGUUCCUCGUAGGAAAUCCUUGGUGGGAACUCCUUACUGGAUGGCACCAGAGCUCAUCUCAAGGUUACCUUAUGGGCCGGAGGUGGACAUCUGGUCUCUGGGUAUCAUGGUAAUAGAGAUGGUGGAUGGAGAGCCUCCAUAUUUUAAUGAGCCUCCACUAAAGGCCAUGAAGAUGAUUAGGGACAAUAUGCCACCGAAGCUGAAAAACGUGCAGAAGAUAUCUCCCUUACUAAAGGGAUUUGUUGAUCGGCUUCUAGUGAGAGAUCCCAGCCAGCGAGCUAGUGCUAAUGAGCUGCUGAAGCAUCCUUUCUUGACUAAGGCUGGGCCCCCAUCAUGCAUCGUUCCACUGAUGAGGCAGAACCGCAUGAGAUGAACAGCAGAUGUAGGGAAGCUACUAUCCCCAUACACAGACCACCAAAGACUGACAAACCUGGGGGAGCGGGAAGACUUGUUCUGGCAAAUCCGCCUCCUGUUCAGUAUUGUACCAGGUACCCUGGAUAAAAAAAAACUACUGACUGACAUCUCUCCCAGAACCUUCUCAUGGUCUUCAUCUCUCUGCACUCUUCUGCUCCCUGAGAGGAGGGGUGUGCAGCGUCUCUCUGUGCAAGGUAACACUACAGCCUCUCGCCAACCCUUAGAGUGCUCAGGUAAUUUAUUUGUAACCAUGCACAAUACGGGAACUUGAGAAACCCGGAAGAUGUUGUGGAUUCAAUGAUUUGCUGUGUUCCACUUGGGCAAAUUAUAUUUUUGGAUAGUCCUUGGACAGACACAAGCCGUGCUCAUAUUCAUUACCUGGGACUUAACACUGGAAAAGAGAAAUCCUUAUACUGUGGUCGGGGACAACUGGAAUCCUUGGGACAGAAGGUGACACUGGCUCCUGGAAAUGUGAUUCUCCUUUCUUGUUUUCUUACAGGGAGCAGUUACCAGCUGAACUAGUCAGAGAUCCCAUCAUUGUGUUACUUUAAUCAUCCUAGGGGUAAUGCCCACUCAUCUCGUGGCAGAGGGACUUUGGGUGUCUCAGAAAAGUGAUCUGCACUAGUAUUUCAGAACAUUUCUUGAUAGUUUGCACUGUACGGCGCAGUUUAAAUAUAUCCAUACAAGAUGGCCCGAUUUAUAACACUAAACAAUGUGUCUAGCUUCAAGAGGACGGUUAUUUUGGUCGGUCCUCGUCCGAUUUCCAGAAUUGCACAACGAUCCCAGUAAAGGGGCUUAUUGCCGAUAUAAAGACAGGAUCUGAUCACAUUUACUCUUCAGCGAUCGGCAGAUACCUACGUACUCCCAUUGCGCUUCCUAAGUAAUGAAACCACUGUAGGCCGCACAAUCACAUUCCGUAUUCCUACAUACUAUCACCAUACCAUUGCAGGUCUCCCUUAGCUGUCAUAGUCUCCCAGAAUUAUCCGGGACCUUCACAAGUUGCAAUAUUAGAAGCUAAGACUGUCCUGAUGCACUUAGGCGUACAUGUAUGAAGUAUCUCCCAUACCGUUCAUCUCGCAUACAACGUGGGAUUACUACAGAUAUAAUAUAUAGUAGCCAAUGAUGUAACCACAAAGAAUUACCUCUCGCCACAUACUUUUCUAUGCUUUGGUCAUGUCGCUCAUGUUACCACCUCCAGGGGCACCUAUCUGUAACAUGUGUUGGUCAUUGUACAUUUUGGGCAGCUGGGGACGUACAGUAGGUACAGGCUUAUCUUAGACUGGAGAGAAUGGAGAUUUGUCUUCUUGGGAUUCUGACAAGUUUGGAGCUCCUAGGAGGUAGCUUGAGGUUCGAGGAGACUGUAGCGUUUUCUAUUCGGGCAUAAUAGAUUUAGUUUAGAAAUGCUGGUCUUCCACCACGCCAUGUGCAAUGUAUAUCAGUAUCUUUUUAGUAUGGGAUUUUUUUUAGGCCAAGCAUUUAUUUUAGGAGAGUUUUCCAUUACAAUCAAUAGUGCCUUACUGCCUUGUUUGUUCAUUGUCUCAUCUCAUAGUCCAUUCAAAUGACAAUCACGACGGACCAUUCGCUCAAUAUAAUCCACAACGUGAGCAAUAUUUGCAUCGCCGGGAGAUCGCCGACCUUCCCUCUUGUCCCAGUCCCCACCCUUACACGAGUGACUACUGGUUAUAGUUUUAUAUAUAAAUAUAUAUUUAUAAAGUGUAUGUUUUGAAACACUGCGGUCGGUAUUCCUGCAUUUUUGAUCUGGAGACAGAAAUAUGCUGUGACAUUGAGGAACUUGAAAAAGGAUUCUCUGCUUUUCUUUUGAUUUGUAUAAAUAAAUUCAACUGUAUUUUG